GGGAUCAUUCUUGAGGGUUGUUCGACUCAAACGGGAAGGUUCUCUAUAUGUCCGAAGCUCAUAAUUUGAAGCAGAGAAGGAACUGAAGCUUUCGACAUCGGUUCAGCUCAAGCACCAAGAAUGGUGUGGAAGACGCGCUUUUAUGAGCAAUAUCACGAAGUUGACGGCUUCUACCUGAGCAAGGCGUUCCCGGUCGAAUGCGUCCGUUCAGCUCUUCGCUACCAGGCGCGACCGGGUGAUCUAUUUAUCGUCAGCUACCCAAAGUGUGGCACAACAUGGAUGCAGCACAUCGUCUAUAACAUCAUAAACGGCCACCCACCCCCAAAUAACAUGCUGCUCGCCUUUAUAGAGAUGCCUUUUCUAGAACUGCAAGGGGCCGAGUCUGUCUUGGACAUGAAGAAACCGGGUGUAAUGAAGACGCACAUGCCCUUUCAGUUCCAGCCUUACUCGAAAGAAGCCAAGUAUAUUUACGUAGCGAGAAACCCCUACGAUUGCUGCGUUUCUUACUUCUACCACACCAGAAACAUUCCCGAUUACGAAUUUCAAGACGGCACGUUCGAUCAGUUCUUCGAAAUGUUUCUGGAAGGGAAGGUCGACUUCGGCGACUACUUCGAUCAUUUGCUGUCUUGGUACGAACACUGCGACGAUCCCAACGUCUUCUUUGUUACCUACGAGCAGCUGAAGAAGGACGCCAGGACAUCGGUUUUGAAGAUUGCCGACUUUAUCGGGGAACAGUACGGCCAAAAACUGCGAAAUGACAAAAGCCGGUUCGAGAGCGUCCUGACAAACAUAACCGUCAAAAGCAUGAAGGAAUGUGUGAACGAAUCCAUGCAGACUUCGAUGAGGACACUCGAGGCCGCCCUCGGUGGGAAGGUGCCCAAGUGGAUCGAUCUCAUGAAAGGAACAGCAGGAGCUGAGUCCUGUGAAAAGCCAAUGUCUGGUGAUUUUGUUCGCAAAGGCAUCGUCGGCGAUUGGCAGAACCACUUUUCGGAAGAGCAGGUAAAACGACUUCAGAAGAAGAUUCACGAGAAGACCCGAGGAAGUGACGUGAUGAAAUUGUGGAAGGACACAGACAUUCCACACUAACUGUCUAUAACUGUUUCAUACUUGGUCAUCCUGGAUUAGUUGUAACUCGUGUGGCUGAGCUGAUUUAUGCACGUUAAGCAUUGUGUAAAAGCACUCGUGCUCCGUGGGAUCACCUAUUAUUAGAAAAAUUGCCAUAUGGGAUGUAUUGUGAAUAAACAACAGCAUGGUGAAAGAAUAAAGGUGACGCGCAAAU